AAAAACACGUUAUUUAAGUAUUUCAUUAUACGCGUCAUUUUGAAUACUGUGAUGCAAAUGGUACAACACGUAAGAUAAAGAGUAAAAUAUAAAAAAGAUCAGAUAACUGUAACUGCAAUAUGAGAGAUGCUGUACAAUUAUUUGCAAGUAUGCUUUCCCUUCACAUGAUGUUUGCAUAGUGUGUUUACGAAUCGAACAGAAGUCCAUUUCAACAUACGACCUUAUGGAUUUAGAGUGAAAUAAAUCAUUAAUACCUUCAAUGUAAAUGUUUAUUCAUCGAAUACUUUGUAUUCAUUUGGAAUAGUUUAAGUGCUAGCUUGUGUGUCAAAGAAAUUACACGGUAGUCGGAGGCCUACAGGUGAAUAUGAUUCUUCCAACCAAGUCAGUAUCAGUCAUAGGUAUUGGGAUUUUAUUUUCACUUGUCGAUUCAGCUCAAAUUACAUGUGAUGACACAACCCCGGCAGUUGGGUCAACUCUAAAAUGUGAAUGUACAGAUUUAAGUGGAUAUGGCGUAGACUGGUGGAAGGGCAAUUCUAUUAUAUCUACCUGUUCAUCGAAUCCCAAAAUUGGGUGUGAUUCUCCACCAACUGGAUAUGAAUUCCAAGUUAAUUCAACUUCAAAAUAUUUCAUGGAAAUAAAUUCGUAUACUUAUUUGAAUUGUGAUAGAUACAAAUGCAGUGAUUUGUUGGGCUCUUCAACAAGUUCUGCUCUAGACAUUUCCAUAUCUAAUACAACUUUAGAUUUGACGCAAAAGGUCGAACUGACAGAGACAAAUACAACAGGAAACAUAACAAUCUUGACAGGUUGUUUAUUCAUAUCAACUGAGAAUGUACAAAAAAGGAUCCAAACAAAAUGGUACAAAAUUCUGAACGACAGUAUAAAGGCCUUCCCAGGUAAUAGUACAGCAGUAUUCGAGGACACUUGUCAUGAAUGUAAUGGAGUACGCGCCCGGCAGCUGAAAGUUAUACUAUUUUACACAGAAUCGGAAGAAAGUUUAAACAAUGAAAAAGAAAGGGUGCAACUAAUGCUACAGAUCUAUGACGAAAAUGAUCCUUCUAAUAGUCAGAAUAUAAAUACUUCAAACAAAUACAUUAUUUCAGGCAAUACUGACUCUGUCCAAACAAUCACUGCUGUAUCAAUAGCAGAGAAAACAAUAUCUACACCCUAUAGUAUGCCUCCUACCUCAGAUACAAAUCAGUCACAUCAUCCAACAGGCAUUUCAUCGACUCCAGUUUGGCAAGAAAGUAGUUAUGUCACCACUGCGCAAAAUAAAGACAAUAAGUCAAAUCAAAGCUUCAAGGCAAUGUACAUGUACAUAGCAUUAGGGGUCUUUGUAUUUAUUUUUCUUUUAGUGAUGCUUCUAUACUGUUUAUGUUUGAAAAGAAAAGAAAAGGAACAUGAAAAUCGUGCGGUAUGAGCCAAGAGUUGAAGUUGAUAAAAUGUAACGUACUUGUAGCUAUAGAAAGACUGCUUAUGAUUAGGUUUUUGCAAACUCCUUUCAUUAUGCCAGUGUUUUUGUUGAACAUUUGAAUAUACGUUUCAAUGCAUUUGUAAACAUGUAAGACUUGUAUUAUUUUGAAGCCGUAUAUGACUUUUGCGCACGUUAUGAAAUAUGUUAAUUUAUGUUACAACUAAAUUACAUAGCCAUUUUCAAAUAUCAUCAUACAUUCGAUUUCAGUUCAUAUAAUGCAUCGAAUGCAAAUGAAAUCUGUAGAAACUAUACUAUUCAGGAGAAAUGAGGAUACUAUACACCUUGAAUAAAGUAUCUUUUUAGAAUAAAGUUGUUUUUUUUUCUUA